AAUGUCUAAGUAAUGAUGUAUAAUUUGCUAUAAAGUCUUACGAAAAAGGCUACAAUUAAUGCGCAAAAUAGAUGUGCGCAUACGAUGAGCAGGAAACGGGCAGCGAGUGAGGCUAACGCAAGAACUGUCAAAAUGUGUUUGCCGCCAAAUUGGGUUCCGAACUAAGGAAGGGCAGACGAUGCGCACUCAAAACAGAGAGAGUGCUCACGGGACGCAGGCCGGGUGAUGUGAUCUCUAAAAACUGCUUUUCGAAUACGCUACCCCCAAACACAUGGCUCUCCUAGGAUCCGUUUUCGAUUGACACUGGUUUUUGAGGAUAUAAGAAACCCCUGCUCUAGGCCUUGAGUGCAACUCUAUGCCAUAAUGACACGAAAGAAUGGUAGCUCAAGAGAUAAUCUAUCAUAAGCUGAAGAAACAAAAUAGGAAUGGUCUGAAUUGAAAUCAAAGGCCAAGAUGAGGCCGUCAUUGAUGUUGGCUUUGUGCAAUAAUUGUGGACUACGGAAUUAAAACGAGAUUAAGGGAACAAGAUGACUGAGGAUACGAGUCCAACGCCACUCGAGCAAACACCGAUUCGGCGUACAGCUUGUACCAGCCUUCGGGAAGAGACCCACUGGAAGUGCUUGAUCUUAACCCUCCUCAUGUAUGGCAGUCUGGCUGUGGUAUUCUGGUGUCAGACCAGCAUAGUAGAGGUCAUAGCUCUCAACUAUCAACAGGAACCAAUCACGAUCAAGGAUAGUCCUUGUCAAGAUGGGUACACCUUCAUCCCUGUUGCUUUUCUCGUCCUGCUCUAUCUUGUCUACCUGGUGGAAUGUUGGUACAGUGACGUCCGCAUUGAGAUCCAGUAUCGGGAAGACGUGAGUACGGUUUACAGUCGGAUCCGUAGGAUACGCAAUGCCUACCCAGUGGUUUGGUGGAGGGCUAUCUCCUAUCAUUACAACAGACAUACACGCCAGGUUACGCGGUAUAGACAUGGAGAUGCCUAUACAACGACUCAAGAGUAUUUCGAAAGGAUAAACACACACUCAGCAGCUGGCGCAUUUGAUUUUGGAGAAUGUGGUGUAAAAGAUGUUUCGAGACAGUUGAAUGGAUUAGAACUUCACCCUUUAACAAGGAUCACGUUUACCAAAAACUUCAUGUUUUUAAAUGAGGAAGCGGAGAAUGACUAUCUAUCACAGAGGUCACGUUUCUUUACAGAGAAUGAGGGUCGGGAUGAAAAUUUAGAAACACGAGAAGGGCUUGGUCUCACUGAAGUUGAGUUCACUGAUGAAAUGGUGACAUACGCGUGUUCUGAAAACCUUCCAUGGUAUGUAUCAAUGUCAAUGUUUUGGGUGACUUCUCUAUCAUUGCUUUCAUGGCCUUUUAGAAUCCUAAUAUCAAUGCAAACUGCAAUAGUUGACUACCAAAUCGAGAAAUUAUUUGGAACGAACUACAAUAGUGGAAUGAUCACAGUUGAGUCUUGGACAGGCGAGGGGGCAAAUGGAAAUAGAUUCAAUACUGUAGGUAGUAAUAGAAGUCUUGAGUUACUUAUACGUGACAAUAGACAUGUUGUUCCCAGCUACUCAGAGGCACUCCUUAUGGACAUAGCAAAUGGAAACCAUCUUCGGUCAGGCCUUACACCGACUGGACCGGGUCCGCCAUCUGCUGCGCAGCGAGCUAAGCACGAACACAACAGUCACGAUACAAACACGAGACACAACUACAUACAUGGAUCUUUACGUUCAAGAACAUUACAAAGAUCUGCGACAACAGCUAUAGGUCUCUGUUAUGUAUCAAGUUUAUCGAACGAUCGAGAAGCGCAGUCAUCAACGAGUGACUGGACACUGCGAUCGCCUUUGACUCACAAUAGAUCUCUUUCCAAUGGACACACACCUUCUACUAGUCUACGGAUACUUCCAUCCCGUAGUUCAUCUAGUCACACCAUAGGUAUUAGCAAUAUGUUUAACCGCGUUAAACCAUUUACGAACUCCUCCCAUACGGCAGGAGCUGCAAGCGAGACUGAAAAUAGGGCUGCACUGAUCACAACAGAUGAUACCGAGCCGAACGCUAACCAGAGAAAACCACUAAUGUCUGCAUCGUCGACACCAAGUAACAGACGCCACAGACGACCGACAUCCCUGCCACUGUGCUUCGGUAGCCAAGGAAGUCAGCAAGAAGAUAGUGAAGGUAUGGAGGACAGUCAGACUGAUGAGAAUCAAAUAGAAUCGUUGGUCUUGAUGGAUGGUGAUGGUGGGGUUCGGACUGUCACGUGGCAUAGAGCCAAUGGAUUCAAUCAAAACAGUCAAGGUACAGGUGGAAUGGUAGUUGUACCCAUCGAUUCACCCCCACCUUACGACGCUGCGCUUAAUAUGAACGAACCUGAUGAUGAAGAUGCAGAAGAAGGAGAGACGCAAGCCGAAGACAGUGUUGAGACGUCUGUAUAAUAUAAUCGCAGAGCUUCCGAAAAGACUUUAUUACUUUCCAUAUAUAUGUUUAUUCUGUAAUUAUGAAGUAUUUUGUUUGUUUCUGAGAUUUUCUUCCUUUUGAUAGUGUUUUAUGUAAGCAUUAUAAUAUCCAAGGGAAUAGUCGAUAUGCUACCAGAGAAAUAUCAUCAGUGUUAGGUAUAAUAGCCUGUUUCCGUUACCGUGACCUUCGGAGGUGAAAAUUCCGAUGAAGUUGUACUUUCAUGUUUACUAAUAUCUUCCUUUCGUGUUUAACUUUCAUGUAUUUUGUCAUAUUCUUGCGUUCAUUCGUGCAAACGGCGAUAUUUCAGUCAGAACGGGAUAAUUUCGGAUAUUAUAUCUUUUUAAAAGUCAGGAAUUUAAACAGAAAAGUAAGAAUAAAUCUAGUAAUUCUGCAAGUAUAAUAUCUACGAUUUACUUGACGGGAGGUGGUAAUCCUCAUCAGGAAGAGGCAAACAAAAAUGAUGGUUAAAAAGAGAAAAGGUAAGGAGAUCAGGGUCACCACCACUUUUGGACUGAUAUGACGUCAUGUUUAUGGCGUCUUCCCCCAUCAAAAUACCUGGCGUCGCUUCUCCACACACCACUGACGUUAGUACUGUAAUGUUUGUUCUGUUAGUCAACACUAGUGGUAAAAUACGUAGCAAAAUAAAUUGUUCUUUUAAUUUGUUAGGUACAAAUUUUCAGCGAAACUGUUUACCGAU